ACAAUGUCCCUUGGUUCGGUUCAUUCGCCAAAUGAUCAAUUUGACCUCGAUGCUUCUGUCUCUCGCACCCCCAGAAUCUUUGUGAUCAUUCGAAUCAACCUCGCUAAAUCAUUGAUUAAUAUACUCUUCUUCGAGAUUCCUCUCUAGUCUGCUUAAUGAAACUUGGUUCUUUGAAUUGAUGGUGGAAGAAGACCAUGAGCUUUUCGCAGUUGCUGACUAGCAUUAGUUGCUCAAUACCAAGAUGGCAGAACAAUGUUGGCGAAAUGGUGCAGAACCGCAGCAACACAGCAUCAGUGGGUCUCUACUCACAGAGACUUUGUUCAAGCCUUCAGCUCCUCCAUUUCAACCAGGUCAGAUUGCCGUGAAUGGGGAACUCUAUUCCGGACUUCCAAUACAGGAAGCUUACGUUCCGUAUCCUCCUCAUCCGGCAGACUUGGCGUUGCUUUCGGAAAACCCCCAUUCAAAAGCGCUUCAGCACGUACCCAAUCCUAGUGCCUCUUCUUCUUCGGGCAUUCUUUAUGCAGAGCACUCUCCCUCGGCAAGAAAUUCAGACAGAAACUAUCUUCAAUACCCGUACCACAUGGAUUGGAUAUCCCAUUCAGGAGCCUUAGGAAGCCGUUCACAAAGUACUACUUCUUUGCGGGAGAAAAUGUUGAAGGCUCUGCAGCGAAACAGUGAAUUCUUUAUUCCUAUGUCGAAUAAUCAAUUUGCGGAACGUCGGGGUAAUCCUUCCAGAUCUCCGAGAAACGGGGCUGGAGGGCAAGAAGUCAUAGAGCGUUAUCAGCAGGCAGGCCAAACAAAGAUUGAGGACAGUAUUCGUCGUUCUGGUCUUACAGCCGGUCUCAAAGAACUGGCAUUAGAAAGAUUGAGAAGGAACGCACAUACUGCGGAUGACAAUUUGCCUCACAUUAGCCGGUCAAGCCCUUUAGAAAUCGUUGCUCCAAACCCGCGGCGUCGAACCCACAUACGUCUGAUCGAGGAGGGAAAUAGAGUUUCAGAUUCCAUCGUCCGAGAAUGUCACGUCCAGUCUCCAGAGGGUCAUAGUUCUCUUCCGUUCGCUACACGGGUCGGAUGUGCAAAUGAGAAGUCCAAUGCUCGUCAACAAUCUAUGACAAACAGUGAAUCAGUUCGACACCACUAUGUCAUGAGAAACGAGAGGACAAACACGCCUCCUGCACCUGGAUAUCCACAUGGACCGUCGAUAUUGAGCCCCUUAUUUCGGCCGGAACCUGAAAAUAGUUCACCAUUUCCUCCACUGGAACUUGAGUCAUCUAAGAAUAAUGUCCGAUCAUUGACCAACGAUGAGCCUGUUUCAGCAACUAUUAACGCACACCACCAAGGGUCGAUGGAUGACGUGAGGCCAGGUUCUGUCAAUGAGCAAGGUCUUUUUCCGAUGGCAGCGCAUCCAAAGUCUGCAUAUGAAAAGGCAAAGGCUGUUGUAGGAGUGGGUCAAUUUACUGCAGUUUCACAGGCUCCUGAUAAUAGACCAAAUCAAAAGUCUGGUGACAGGCAUGCUUCGAAACCCAAUUUGGUCGCUCUGAGUCAACUUUCCAUGCCAAAUGAAAUAAACUCUCGUGAAAAGCGUCUAAUUUACGACAGGGUCAAUAUGACUAACCUUCCAAAACGGAUUCUGGGCUUCAGGAGCUGCAUGGAUUGCCUUUAUAGUUCAAAUUGGCUAAUUCGCCCGUGUAAGCAUCUGAUUUGCACGAGCUGCGCCUCAUUUUGGUUCGAUGAUAGGAAUCAAAACUCAGGCCGAUAUUUCUGUGGGUUUUGUUUCGCUAAAAUGAACAAAAUCGAGCCAGUACAGACGACGAAGGCUCCGAGAAUUCACAGCAUCGCUGAGGAAUCGCUAGGUCUGACGUCUAAGCCGCCUCCUAGAAUGGUGCCACGGAUCAACAACAGCAGAAUCGCUUACGAUUCACUGCUUUCUCAGGGAUUUGCCAGUGCAACUGUGCAUAACCAUCCAUUUGUCAACCAUCCGCCAGAAUCUGUAGAUAUGUCGGACCAAUCUCGUAGUCCGCCACGUCCCGCCCUCGGGUUAAGCUCCAAUCUACCUACAUCGAGGACCUCCUUAGCUCCGCUAGGGUCGUAUCCAGAGCACCGUUCUACCAAACGCGUCAUGGUUGCUGCAGGCGCUAAUCACGGAUUUCCUCAGGCUGCUGAGCAGCUUGAAACCUCAACCACUGAAGCAAGUCUGAUUACUGGUAUGAAAACCGCCUCAACUCUUGAUGCAGCUUCAGCGUCGCGCUUGCCGACCCUUGAUCACAUGCCCGUUUAUGCUCCGUCUUCGCAUACGGCUUUUGGUCCAUAUUUCACGUCACCACCAGAAAUAUCGAUUUAUCCUAGCCAGCCCAAUACUUUGUAUCCGACGCAUGCCAAUACCAUGUAUCCCCGGGCUGGCCAUAAUUGGAUCGCUCAUUCAAAUAUACCCGAUGUCCAUGGAUUUCCGCAACCUCAUGGUGGCGGAUGGCACUAUCUGGCACCUGAAGAACUCACUCUUCCGGUGUCUCUAGGAGGUACAUUUAUGGCUCCUGCAGCGAGUCAAAACCAACGCCUCCCUGGUUUUAUCAGUCCACCAGCUUUUCAUUCAUUAAAUUAUCCGCCAUCUACCGUCUCUCUUGCGAAUGGAGACCAAGGCCAAUUGCAGAACUUCGGUCACUUGCAACAAAAUGUAGCUUCAAGAUUUCCACUACCCGUUGCAGAAAUUCCGAUAGAUUCUCUACAGCAGUCUGUUGGGCCAUAUUCGCGGAGCAUUCCGUCUAUUCCGUCGCAGACAAACCGAGGUUCGCAUCUCGAGCAUGGGGAUGUUGUCAGUAUGGGGCAUGCAAUGGACCCUGAGCAUGCAUCUGGAUCUACUGCUUCAGUGAUCUCUUCGCAGGUCGGAUCAACUUCUUACCUUAGCGGCCCUGCUUCUACCUUCGCUGGGGGUACGCAAACGCAUGACUCUACCAGCAAAAGUCCACAUGGAUACGCAAAGUCUUCUUUUACUCCAAAGAGCGUGGCUCCAGUUCCUGUGACCAGUGCCGUUCCAAUUGGUUCUGUGCGAAAUCAAGAUGCUCCUUUGCCAAGAUUAAUUAGUUACGAGCAAGCCUGUCACGAUGCCCCCUUUGUUGAACUGGUGAGGCGUACGAAGCCUGCCGAGUGGGGGGUUAUCAAGAUCUCGAAUGUACGUCAAUACAUUGACCGUGCUAGAUUCGGAUCUCAAUUGAAUGCAUUCCGGGUGCUGACCAGAGUUAGAUUCCAUACACUGCCACCAAACCCGAGAUAUAUGCUUUCCUUGGCCGCAAUGCCAAGACCGUCACUCCAGAUUUAGGGUGCGCUGUCCACAUCAUCAUGGAUCGUGCAACGGCCAAAACAAUGGAUUGCUUCGUCGAGUUCAUGACUACUUCGGAUGCUAUUGGUGCCGUCAACCGAUUUGCCCGGAAUCGACAAGAGGGGAGAUCCAGUCGCAUUGGGGAUCGUCA